AUGACGGAGCCAUCACUCAAGCGACAGCGCGCCGAGAGCGACGUGAACCCACCUGUAACAGCCAAAUCAUCCACCACAACGAUCACAAAUAUACCGGACGAGAACCUUUACACGGCAUUAGAAGGCCUCGACAAAUCACCUUCGAAGAAUACUUUCAGCCAGCACAUGCUCGUCAAAUUAGCUGUCCGCGACCUUCGAUCGCAGCCCAAAUCCGACAAGAAAAAGGCAGAACGAAAGCAGCACAAAGACUUUUCAUACUGUGUCGACGCGCUUAAAGAUGCCAUAUUAGACGAGGAAGCAAGCUCAGUAGAUGAUGAAGCAAGCUCAGUAGACGAGGAAGCAAGCUCAGCGCACCUACCAAGAGAUGCCGGACGGAUUGCAAGAUGCUUCGUCACAAAGAUGCGCGAGAUCAAGACUCAAACACACCUCUAUUCGUCUUUUGAAACAAAGAGGUCGGCAUUGGAUACGCUCAGACGAAUGGGAUUUACGCUGCUCAAUCACACAAACGAAGAAAUGCAACAGCUAUUUCCGGGGGCGAUCACCACUGGCGAAUCUGACGAGUACUGUCUCGAAAUAAUUCAGAUCGUCGAAUCCAUGUCUGCGCAGGAACGCAAGGACCUGGCUUUAAUGCCAGUAGACGGUGCGACGGUGGCGACUACAGGACUGGUGGGACGAGGGGGAAAUCGGUACGCGGACACGAUGCUGGAGUUAUACGAGCGUCUUAACGAGACAGAGUUUCUUUCUGCCUACCAUUUGAGUCUCUUCAAUGAUUCAUUGUUUGAAUCUGAUGAGAGUGAUGACGGAAGCGAGGGCGAGGACAGUUCCGAAGAUGAGUAA